GCUUAUAGUAUGAGGAGGUAGAGUCCACUAUGUACUUAGAUAAGUAGGAGUAUCCUGGAAUAUACAUGACUUGAUUAAUAAAUAGACUUCAGGACAACUUCAUAGAAAGUGAGUUGGACCAAAAGAGUUCCAAAAAGGGAAGCCGCUGGGCGGCAGCACGUGGACCCGCGUUUUCUCCGCGUCGCGCACGAGAUGACCGAGGGUCUCCAGUAUCGACUUCCUCCACCUCCACGCUUAUGGAUCUUUUGUCGGUCCUUCCGGACUUCCCUACCAAGCCAUAUGCUCAUAUUCUCCCGCCUCUUGAGCGAAGCCAUAUCAGCACGGUCGACUUGAUCACUCUCGACAUCCUCGAAGUCGCAAAGCGUGCUCGUGUCCCUCCCGCCGAUGUCCGCCGCCUGUCCGCUCAGAUCAUAAGAGCUUUCCAUCAUGAUGUCGGUUUCAAGGAAAACAGAGAUCCCGAUUCUGAUGAGCCAAGCUCCAGCCUCAGUGUCGACGUUCCUGUCUUUCCAGGCCCGACAACCAAGCUAGACCGACGGGUUAUGUGACUGAGGUAACUGGUGAGAGGUGCGUAUACUCGCUCCCCAGAGUGAGUUCAUUCGUAUUCGAGACGUCCCUUCUUCUGGCCGCUCAACUCCCUGCACCUCGUGGCCUGGGCAAGUGUGCCAUAUACAUCUCCACAGAAGCUCCAUUAUCGACACCACGGCUUUCGCAGCUCAUUGAAUUCCAUCCAUAUCUCUCUACCUUGUCUCAA